GUUCGCGGCUAUUUUGUUGGUAGUUCAGUAGAAGCGGUUGUGGUUAUUUUUGCUCUCAUGUCUGGCCGUGGCAAGCAAGGAGGCAAGGCUCGCGCUAAGGCCAAGUCUCGCUCCUCCCGCGCGGGCCUUCAGUUCCCGGUGGGCCGAGUCCACCGCCUGCUCCGCAAAGGCAACUAUGCCGAGCGGGUGGGGGCUGGCGCGCCGGUGUACAUGGCGGCCGUGCUCGAGUAUCUGACGGCAGAAAUUUUGGAGCUGGCAGGGAACGCUGCACGCGACAACAAGAAGACACGCAUUAUUCCUCGUCACCUCCAGCUGGCCAUCCGCAACGACGAGGAGCUGAACAAGCUUCUGGGCAAGGUCACCAUCGCCCAGGGCGGCGUUCUGCCCAACAUCCAGGCCGUGUUGCUCCCGAAGAAGACCGAGAGCCACCACAAGGCAAAGGGCAAAUGAAGCCCAUGGCUCGAAGCCUGCUUGCCCAACCCGUCUCUCCGUGGUCACCUGUGAAAUCAAAGGCUCUUUUCAGAGCCACCCACUUUUUUCAAAUGAAAGGAGUUGUUAAACUGUAUCCGCUCUGUUUCGUUUGUCUUUACAUGCCCAACUUUCACUAGGUGGGUGGGAAGCGCCCUCUCCU